GUCUCUCUUACUUAUUCAACAUUUAGGUGAAAAAGUUUAAAAAAAACCGCGAGAGAGCGUGACUAUAUUAUCAGCUUUGAAUUAGUUUAUUAUCUUUCGAGAAAUUUUAACAUCCAAACGGUUUGUACUGUGCGUCAACGUUGGAGAGAAGACUAUCGGGGUAACACGUAUGUCAUCGAAGAAGCUAAUAACAAUCGGAUCAUCAUGGUGGCUACGACGAGACCUCGGGAGAUCGAUAUCGACAAACCAAGUCACACUGAACAAUUGGCUAAUUGGAUCAGUAGAGUUCGAUGCAAGAAACUGAUGUGUCGUCGUAAUCGCAAACGCGAUUUGCGUGUCGAGGCGGUGCUGACCAGUGCUCUCUUCAAGGCGGAACACGAAUUACGAAGCAAACAACUGACCAGGAUCUCAAAAUGGCAGCAGUUCAAGAAGCAAUUUCUGAAAGAGGCUGGUUAUUCGAGUUGCGGUUUUUAUAACGUCGAGAACAUAAGAAACUUUAAAUCGUAUCAAGAGAAUCCAUGGCAGGGGCCGUUGUGCCCCGAGUUGAGUAGCCUGGACAAUUUCAUGUCCAAAUUGGGCGAGAUCAAAAUACCGUUGCAACGAUGAAGAAACUUAAAAGAAAUUGGCGACCAGGUCUGAAAAACCUAAGGACGUCUCUGAGAGAUCCAGAUUUCGAAGAUCAUCGGCAGCUUUGUCAAUGAAGUACUUCAAACGUUGACUAACGGCAGCCAGACGAAGUCACGAUACCAAUAGGCGGUACAACAUAAUAUUAUGUUGGUGCCGCUGGACUAGAAGUUUACAUCACUAUCCUGGUGUAUAUCUGGGUGUUUUUUAC